UUUGUUUUCUUCCCCUACUUAACAUUCCGAGAACAAAAACCGAAUCAGACGAAGAAAGUUUAUGUCCUCGGAACUGCGGAAGUGUCCGAUUCGUCAGAAGCCUGAGUUCCGGUAGAUUCAGUUUCGUCUUGAUGGGAGUUGUAUCUGUUUCAAGUUCAGCUGCAAGAUCUCCCCUUGGGUUAAGCAACAAUAUUUUAACACAACGGUCUGCACUGAAAAGGCCAUCCGUUGUUGCGUUUAAAGCAGAUAAAUCCAGCCACUCAGCUUUAGUCAUUCCCCGAGAAAAGAUCUUGUUGCCUGCAGAGCAACCAAAGGAGAAGCGAGUACCGAGGAAAAACCCGAAGAAAUCAAAAUCCUCGGAUACUAACGUGGCUCCUUCAUCAGCCUUGGAUGUGGAUUACAAUGAAGCAGCCGCCAGACUUGAAAGCAUAUUCAAACUCAGUACUGCAACCACAAGGAAAGUCCCGAGUAGGAGGAAAAGGAAGGACGAUAGUGACGAGAAAAAAACCACGACAAAAACUGCUAAAAUGGUUGUAAGUAACAAGACCAAGAGGCGGAAGCGUUUGAGUCUUGAUAAACGGAUUUCUCUGAAAAGAAACAACCAAGAGAAAUCGGCUGUCGCUUCCGUGCAGAAGAAAACAGUAAAGAGACUGCAAGAAGAUGAGAAGAUGGAUAGGCUCGUGAGGGACUAUUCGGCUUCAACCGACAUAGUCAGCUUGGACUGGAAGAAGAUGAAGAUACCUCCUGUUCUUUCCUCAAUUGAGCAUUCUUGGUUGUUUAAGUUGAUGCAACCGAUGAAGGCUCUUCUUCAAGUUAAAGAUGAGCUGCAAAAGAACCUGGGAAGAGAACCGACAGAUGCUGAAGUAGCUGACGGCGCCAAUAUGAGCGUGGCCGAAGCAAAAAGGCGAAUUGAAAUCGGUAGAGCUGCAAGGAAUAAACUUAUCAAGCACAAUCUCCGGCUGGUUUUGUUUGUGAUGAACAAAUAUUUCCAAGAUUUUGCAAAUGGACCGAAGUUCCAAGACCUCUGUCAAGCCGGAGUGAAAGGGCUUAUCACAGCAAUUGACCGCUUUGAGCCAAACAGGAAGUUCCGUCUAUCAACAUAUGGUUUGUUUUGGAUCAGACAUGCCAUUAUACGCUCAAUGACAACUUCGAGCUUUACUCGUGUCCCGUUUGGUCUCGAAUCGGUAAGAGUAGAAAUCCAGAGAGCGAAGCUUGAGCUGUUGUUCGAGCUUGGAAGAGUGCCCACAGGGAGUGAAAUAGUUGAGAGACUCGGGAUAUCCCCUGAGAGGUACCGUGAAGUAGUGAUAGCUGCAAAACCGGUUCUUUCGCUUAAUUCGAGACAUGCAGUUACCCAAGAAGAAUUCAUCGAUGGUAUUACAGAUUUUGAUGGUGUCGGUUCUGAUAACCGGAGACAACCUGCUCUUCUCAGGCUUGCUCUCGACGAUGUAUUGGAUUCGCUGAAGCCGAAAGAGAGUUUGGUGAUUCGCCAAAGGUACGGUCUUGAUGGAAAAGGCGACAGAACACUGGGUGAGAUUGCCGGAAACCUUAACAUCUCCAGAGAAAUGGUGAGAAAACACGAAGUUAAAGCCUUGAUGAAGCUCAAGCACCCUGCCCGUGUUGAUUAUCUCCGUCGCUACAUUGUCUGAGCCCAAGCGAACCAAGUGGCUCAUGUCACUCAUCGUAUAACCAUUGGUAUACUUAUGUGUUAUUAUUGUUUGUGAUAACCGGGGAUUACUUCCGGUGUAGCUGUAUACUGAACCGAUACCGAAAAUAUAAUACUUGUAAAGUUUGGAAACCAGGUAUAGAUUUUUCACAAUAAUUGAAUAGGUUUUGCGUA